UAGGUUUAGAAGAAAGCGAAAAAAACAUAUGAAUUUUCCGGGAGUUUUCCUUAAACAAAUAUAUAUAAUCAUCAUCAAAAAUCUGAAAUCCUAAUCACCAGUACCAUUAAUUAAUAUCUUCUUCUUCUUAUCAUAUUAGAAAUUAAAUAAUAAUCCGAUCAUUCACAUAAUCAUUAUCCGAUCAUUCGGAUCAGUUUGAUCAAUCAGUCAUGAAUAUGAACAUCUUCAAGAAGAAACCCACCCCUAAAGAAGCACUUCGAGAAAGUAAACGAGAAAUGGCUAAUGCUACUAGAGGUGUAGAGAGGGAAAUUACAGCAUUGCAAGUUGAGGAAAAGAAACUUGUUGCCGAGAUUAAGAGAACAGCUAAAACAGGAAAUGAGGCAGCCACAAAGAUUUUAGCCCGCCAAUUGAUCAGGCUUAGACAACAAAUAGCCAAGCUACAAAAUAGUCGAGCCCAAAUGAGAGGCAUAGCAACCCAUACACAGGCAUUAGCUGCACACUCUUCUGUGUCUGUUGGGAUGAAAGGUGCAACUAAAGCAAUGUCAGCAAUGAAUAAGGAAAUGGCCCCUGCGAAGCAAAUAAAGGUGAUGCAAGAUUUCCAGAAGCAAUCAGCACAGAUGGAUAUGACGAGUGAGAUGAUGUCAGAUGCCAUUGACGAUGUUAUUGAUGAUGACGAAGCUGAAGAUGAAACAGACGAGCUAACAAACCAGGUGCUAGAUGAGAUUGGUGUCGAUGUGGCUUCACAGUUAUCAUCAGCUCCCAAAGGAAAAAUUGCCGGGAAAAACACCGAGGAUGCUAGCAGUUCCGGAAUGGAUGAGCUAGAGAAGAGAUUGGCGGCCUUGAGAGGUUAAAAUCCCUUGAUCAUAUAUCCUUCGUAUGGUCAACUAAUCAUGCAUUCUCAGUGGAGCUUAUCUGGGAAGCUUUCUGUACUUUUGUACAUGUUCAAUCAUUUGACGACAUUAUUCACAAAUCCACCAAUAUAACUUCCAGCUUUGGGUUUAAUGUUUUAUUUGUCCCAUUUGUGUUUAUAUGAUUAAUAGGUGAUAUCCAUGAGUUUUGCUUUUA